CAUAACCACCGAAUGGGUUCCAAAUGGCAAGCCUGCAGUUUAGAGUAUUCGUUGGAGUUUAUGAUGUUCAGGACUUGCUCCGGAGCUGGUCCCCAUGACAAACCCCACGCAGGCUGGAAAUGGUUAACGAGCCAUGGGUCUGACUUGCAAGUGUGCCUCCCGAAGGGCUCCACGUGCUGCUCGAGAAAGAUGGAGGAAAAGUACCAGGCAACAGCUCGCUUGAACAUGGAGCAGCUUCUCCAGUCUGCCAGCAUGGAGCUGAAGUUCCUCGUCAUCCAGAACGCUGCCGUCUUCCAAGAAGCCUUCGAAAUUGUAGUACGGCAUGCAAGAAACUACACCAACACCAUGUUUAGGAACCACUACCAGAACAUGGGGCCCAGGACUCUCAAGUUUGUCGGAGAACUUUUUACGGACAUCUCGCUGUACAUACUGGGCUCGGACAUCAAUGUUAAUGACAUGAUAAACGAGUUUUUUGACAGCUUAUUCCCUUUGGUCUACUCGCACCUAAUUAACCCGGGCUUUCCGGACCCCUCUAUGGAAAUGACCGAGUGCCUGCGGGUAGCAAGGCGGGACCUCCGAAUCUUCGGUAAUUAUCCCAAAACAAUGAUGACGCAAGUGUCGAAGUCGCUGCAGGCAACUCGAGUCUUCCUCCAGGCGCUCAACCUGGGGAUUGAAGUGAUAAACACGACUGACCACUUAAAAUUCAGCAAGGACUGUGGGCGGGCGCUGCUGAAAAUGUGGUAUUGCUCGCAUUGCCAAGGACUCUUGUUGGCCAAGCCUUGCGCUGGAUACUGCAGUGUUGUGAUGCAAGGGUGUCUAGCGAGCGUGGUGGAGAUAGAUAAUUAUUGGAGAGAAUAUAUUCGGUCCCUGGAUGGGCUGACUAAAGGCAUGCACGGAGUCUAUGACAUGGAGCACGUCCUGCUCAAUCUCUUCUCCAUGAUACGAGACUCCAUCAUGUACGUUCAGAAGAGCGGAGGGAAGCUGUCAGCAACAGUUAGCCGGCUCUGCGGCCGUUCUCAGCAGAGGAAGUACAGGUCGGCGGCCUACCCCGAAGACCUUUUCAUUGACAAGAAGGUCCUGAAGCUGGCUCGGAUUGAACACCAGGAAACGCUGUCCAGCCGGAGGAGGGAGCUCAUCAUGAAGCUGAAGUCUCACGGCAGCUUCUACAGCAGCUUACCGGAGUACAUCUGCAGCCACAGGUCGGCCGUUCAAAACGACACCCUUUGCUGGAACGGGCAGGAGAUCACGGAGAGGUACAGUCACCCAGUCGUGCGCAAUGGAGCGAAAGCCCAGGCUGGCAACCACGAGAUGAAAAUGAAGGGCCCGGAGCCGGUGAUUAGCCAGAUUAUCGACAAGCUGAAGCACAUCAACCAGCUGCUGAAAGGGAUGUCGGUGCCGCGGCAGAAAACUCCCGACAAAACCAUGGACGAGGACGAGUCGGAGAGUGGGGACUGCGAUGAUGAAGACGACUGCAGCGGGGCCUCCGGGAACGGAGACGUCAGAGUGAAGAACCAGCUCCGGUUCUUAGCAGACACGGACGACUCCACUGCCGUCGCUCGGACCAGACGGUUUGUUUUAGGCCAAAUCUUCUGCGGACGUAGACUGACCGUCGAGCUUCAGUGCAGUCGUGCUGAGCUGUCUUACGACCUCGACAUGGACGACGUUCCCUCGAAUAAACAGCUUUUGAAUCAGCAAAGCAAAGACGGUUCGGCAGUCCGCAGCCUGGGCUCCGGGAGUACCCUUGUGGGUCGUGUUCCCGUGGCUGCCGCUGUCGUGGUGGUCUUUCUCAUACUGGCCCACUGACUUUCUAUAGCGGCUACAACAGACUUUCCCAGAGAUCGACUUCUUCCCUCGGGUGUUCUUUGCGCAGGAACAGCCGUCCUUGUGGAAUAUAUGCACAUUUCCAAAGAUUAAGUUUGUUUUGUAAAAUAAAAAUCGGUAUCUUGGCAAAAA